GGAGCGCAUCGCUUCCACUUCACCUCCGCCCAGCUCUCCUCCAUUCCACAAUCCAAGUAGACAGCACACGGCAAGUCCACAUCGGCCAUCAUGAUUAUUCACCAUCUUCUUCUCAUCGCUGCCUCUUUCGUUGCUUCCAUUCAAGGAGGACGAAAUUGCGGCACUCACCCGUCCUUGAUUUACCUGCAACGCGGCGAUAAAAGUUCCGUCGAGUAUUGGGUCCCUCCGCCAGAGACCCCCGUCCUCCAGGCCGAACCGGAAAUGUCCCUCCAAUCGCGUCUGGAUGAAUUAGAAGAAGAAGAAGAAAAUGUUCCAUCGUCUUCGACCCAAGUUCCAGCCGUGGAAUUGUCGACCACGGGCGGAUUGACGACCUGGCGGACCAACGACGAAGAAUUCGGCGAAUGGAGAAUCACCACUUCCUCCAUGCCGUCCAUCAAAGACGAGAGUCUAACUGUUUCCAGCCAGAUGCCCAUCUUGGCCGACUCCAUUAAUGUAGCGGAAUCCAAACAACAAGAAGAAGAAUCGACUGGUUUUACGGGACUCAAGGUCAGCAGUGAUGACGUCAUCACUACCACGCCUCUCGCAACUGCUACCUCCCAGGCUCCCCAUCACGCACCCCAGGCUCAUGGGGUCAAUGGCCACAUUCCAGCACCAGAGACGAAUGGAAAUAAUCAACUCUCGGACGCGACGGAAUUUCCAGCCGUUGACGUAACGGAACCACAGACGGACGGGCCGCUUGUAGAACGGGUGGCAGACCAGCAGCAGCAAUUCCGGCCGGAAGAAGAAGAACAGACGACCGAGGUGGCGGCAGUCGAACGAGAUGGAGGAAGCCGAGUGGCGCCAGUGGAGAAAAUAUUCACGACGGAAUCCACGCCGGAAGAGAUCAAUAUGGAACCCAUCACGAACUUCAUUCAAUUGCUGGAAACAAAAACCAAGGCGGAAUUGCUGGAGAAUCUCAUGAAGGAGGAAAACUUGAGGCCGCAUACUUCACGACCGGAAGUGUCGGCCAAGAAUAACGAAUCCAUCACCGUCGAGAAUUCCGAUCUCCUCCAUCCCGUCACAACAGAAGCCCACCCGCCGCCACCGCCGCCGACCACACAGGAGCCCACCGAAAUGGCCACCGACAGCAUCCAGAUAGAAAUCACCAAACAUCAGCAAACCAAAGUCGAUUCCGCACCGGAAGAAUCCAUCACUUCUCAACUGAAAGACGAUUUCCAGGACAUUGCCCACAUCCUCAUGUCCAUUCCGGAACUGCCAAAGGCCGAAAAUCAAGUCAAAGAAGUUGAAAAUCCUCAAACGGAAGAACCGGAAUCGGUGACGAUUGCCGAUUUCAAAAGCGAUUUGCACUCGGCCAUCGACAUCCAUGCGGAAGAGGUCGAACCGGUUACAGUUUCUGAAGAAUGGCUGGCGAAAAUCACCGGAUCGCAGACGGAAGUGCCGGAACUCUUCAGCACCGAAGCUAUUCUCCCAAUCCGCAUGGAAGAAUCAAGCGUCCAGUCAAUGACCAAACAAAUGGAGCCGGAAGAGGACGUCACAACGGAGGAAACCAUUUCUGUUGCUGGACUUUCGCAAUCUGACGGAAGCGGAAUGAAUCCUGUGGAAGAUAUUAUCCCGCCCAGCAGAUCAAGCGUCCACAUGGACCAUCCGGAAUUGAAGGUUGAAGGUAGCGGAUUGUCUGAUGCCAUUCAAGAGGAUCCAGUGGAAAUUUUCAGCAAAAUCGACGACGGAGUGGAAGGAAGUGGAUUGAAUGCCGCCAAGGAAAUUUCUCCAAUGGGCGUCGUCAUCACUGAAGAACCGGAACUAAAAAAGGCGGAAGAAAAUGGUCCCAUCGAAAAUUUGGGAACGGACGGAAUGGAAAAUCCUUUCCUCGUCAAAAUAGAAACGCCAAUCGAAGGAAGCGGAUCACUUCUUCCCAUUUCAGAUGAAUCCAUCGCAGUCGUCGAUCGGAGUGACGAUCCGGCAUCCGCAGUUGUUGAGGACGAAUCGCCACCCGAAUUCCGCAACGACGACGUUUUGAUCAACCGCAUCCGAACAAUCGUCAACUCUUUGACCAACCCCAAAGAUUCUUCUUCCUCCUUCCUACGCCGCACUUCCGGGCUCCUCCAGUCUGUUUUCAAGCGGACGAAACGGUCGACUAAUCCGGCAGAGGUGGUCAACAGUCCUGCAUUCCGCCAGUUCUUACGCUCUCAGCCGUUGCCCAUACGACGGGCCCUUUCGCCAAACUUUUCGGGCCGAUUCAGCCGCCAAAUGGUUCCGUCCAACAGCGGCCAGGAAGAAGAGGAUGGGGAAGAAUGCGAUUUGCACAUCAAAACGGAUCCUGGAUUGCAUCUGCUGCUGACAUUCCACAACAUGAGCGCCCCCUACACAUUAGACUGCGCCGGAGCUUACGUCGAAAUCGAACGGGAAGGAAACGGUUUCGAAGCUCGUUGGUGCGGAAAACCCAUCGGAGAGCAGAGAGGAGUGAGAUCGCACGUCAUUUUCGCCCGCUCAGAGGUACGAGUCUCCGUCUACAAUAACAAAAACACGCUCCUCAAACAGCAGUUCGUUACCGGUGUGGAUGAAAACAAUUCUUUGGAUCCGCAGCCAUUCACAAUGGGUGCGACUGGAUUCAGUGCCGAUAUCGAAGUGAUUGAUUUACACGAUGCUGGGCAGUUCACGUCCUUCCAGCGCUCAGAAGCCUACAGCAACGUCCACCGCCGGAUUGGUUAAAUUGUUACAAGGAAAAGAAAGAUAAAACCACAUUUCAAUUCAAAGUUAAAACAGAUGAAAAUGUUUGACAAACGGUUUCAAACGAGCGCGGAAAACGGUCACCAACACACAGGCGCACUAGUCUCGGAUCCUCUUUUUCUUUUUGUUCCUCCCUUUUCACUCUAAAAACUGCAAGAAUGUUGAAGGAAUAUUCCAUGUCUCUUUCGCUAUUCCUCGUUCCAAAAUCUCGUUCCCUGGUGGUGGACUUGGGGGUUUCAAAACAAUGACCUUUUUCUAUUGUAUAAGGAAAAUACGGAGGCAAUUUGAUUAUCAAUAAACGCAUGUUCCUUCUA